AUGACGGAAUCGUACGCGGCCGUGCAGCACCAGGCCCUGAACGAGCGGCCGGGGGCAGAGUGGCUCAACAUGGGGGACUGGCGAGCGACGCGCCAGUUUUCGGAUGCGUGCGAGGAGAAAGAGGGCCAGACUACCUGGCUCCAAGGGGAGGAGGGCAAACGCAUGGCCGAGAACGGCAGCUCGCUGCCCUCGUACGACACGAUUCUCGCACUCGACUGUGCGUACCACUUUCCCAGCCGCCCCGCCUUUUUCAAAAGUGCAUACGCGCGCCUUGCUCCAGGCGGGACGCUGGCGUUGGUCGACCUGGUCAGUGCGUGGCCGUACCCCAACGCGGCGCAGUGCACGCCGUCGUCGCUCGCUCCGCCGACCCAUGCGCCGGCACUUUGGAAACGAGCUAUGCACCGCAUUACGUGUGCCCUAAGCGGCACGCCGCCUGGCUCUUUUAUCCCACUUGAUACCUAUGCGCAACAGCUGCACGACGCAGGAUUCGAGCACGUCGACAUGGCCGACAUUUCCGACGCUGUCUUUCCCGGCUUUUCUACGUUUCUCAAGCGCCUCGGAACCGAUGCCGAAUGGCGCGGCGGACGCCUCGAGCUGCGUGGCCUCCGUGUGUUCGGCAGCGUCGUCGGCCAAUGGGCAUCCGGCGGCGACGUGGGCAUGGUCCGAUGUGCCCUUAUUACGGCCAAGAAACCUUAUUGA